AUGUAUUUAAAUAUGUUCAACGCAGAGUUGAACGGCGUAGACCCUGGAAGAUUUGCGAGUAACUCGCAAUCUAUAGAAUUUGGUCCGUGGCACAUAUCGUAUGAUGUUAGCUGUAUACUGCCGAGUGUGUGUUCGACAAAGGUCGUUUGCGAACGCGAAGACGAUCAAUUUUGCCAGUUUUGUAUAUACUGCAAAGAACUGAAGAUACCACAUUUUCCUGAUAUGGUGUUUCCUAAAAACAUUCUUAAGCUGAACCAUAAUAGUGGUGCACAGAUCUGUUUUAAUCCUCUUGAUUCUCUGAAGUGUGUCGCAAGCAAGAUGGAUGCCAUUGAAGUGUCAUGUGCUGAAGCUUGGCAGGAAGCCCGACCAGAUGCAACAAAACCAAAGCGGCCUUUUGAUUGGACAUUUUCAACUGAUUACAAAGGAACACUGACAGAUAAUAUUGUUGUAGAGCCAACCAGUGAAACAAUUGAUUUUGAUUUACUCAAACAAAAGGACCAAAUCCUUUUCUACCACGAUUUAACUUUAUUUGAAGAUGAACUUCAUGAUCACGGAAUAUCUAAAUUGUCUGUGAAAAUAAGAGUAAUGCCGACAUACUGGUAUGUCCUGCUGAGAUACUUCCUGAGAGUAGAUGACGUGCUCGUGAGGUCCAAUGAAACCAGAAUGUUCCAUUUACUCAAUUCGGACUAUGUCCUCAGAGAAUACACAGUGAAAGAGGCACAAGCUAAAGAUUUAAAUAUGCCUACAGCUCACAUGAAAGAAGCAGAUGAUGUGAUACCAAUUCUACCAGUUAAAGAAAAAACAACACACAAAUUAAUUGUGAAUAUACCUUCUAAAUAG